CUCAGCAUCUAACAGCGCGAAACGUCGCGCGGUCGUCAACUGCUUCGCUGCUUCAAUAUUAUUAAGAAAUGGAACGUUUAUUGAAGUUGUUUGUGCUGCUUAUUCUGGCCGACGCCUGCGCGCUGCUGAGCACAUGCAAGAGCGAUCAGAUUUGCAUCACUCAGCAGCGCUGCAACGAGACGGAUGAUUCGGGCAGUGGAAUAUUUGGACCACGCAUCUUGGAUCGCAGCUGUGGCGUGGGCCUUGUUUGCUGUGACAAAGCGCAGCUGGAGAGCUACGAGGCCGCCAUGGCCAGUCGCAGAUCGAAGCAGGUAAAAUCAGCGACAGCUUCGCCUGCGCCCACUGGCGUCGAGGCCAAGCUGGACUACAAGAGCUGUGACGUGCAGAGCCUGUGUGUGCCGAGGCAUCUGUGUCGCACGGGCGUCGUCAAUGAGGACGGCCGCUUCAUAUUGAAGCCGCGCAUCGAUAAUGCCAGCAACUCUGGCUGCGGCACAUUCGAGAGCUGUUGCCCCCUUGCUGAUCAGCUGGAUGCAAGCGAUAAUCCGGUGCGACGUCAACUGAACGACUUCAAGUACAAGGGCUGUGGCUAUAGCAAUCCGACGGGUCUCUACUACGCCUUGGUGGGCUACAACGAUCACGAGGCGCGUUUUGCCGAGUUCCCUUGGAUGGUGGCUGUGAUGGAUGUGCAGGGGAAUUACGUAUGCGGCGGCACGUUGAUACAUCCUCAGCUGGUGCUGACCAGCGCCCACAAUGUGGCCAACCACAGCUCGGAAACGCUGCUGGCGCGUGCCGGGGAGUAUGACUUGAACAGCGCAGAGGAGCCAUACGCCUUCCAGAGCCGACGCAUACGCAAUCUCUGGCGCCACGAGCAGUUCAACAAUCUGAACUUUCGCAACGACAUUGCCAUGUUGGUGCUGGAGCAGCCGUUUCAGCUGGCGCCACACGUGCAACCGCUGUGUCUGCCAGCAGUCGAGAGCACAAUACUCCAGAAGGAACUGCGUGAGGCGGAGUGCUUUGCCACCGGCUGGGGCCAUCGCAAUUUUUCUGCUCCUAGCCAGGAGCACAUACUGAAACGCAUCGAUCUGCCCGUGCUGGAGCACGAGUAUUGCCAGCGGCUGCUGCGCAAAACAGUACUCGGCUUGCGCUUCUCGCUCCACUCGAGCUUCCUCUGCGCCGGCGGCAUUGAGGGCAAAGACACCUGCAAGGGCGACGGAGGAUCGCCUCUGUUCUGCAGCAUGGCCGGGCAGAACAAACGCUAUCAGCUGGCUGGCAUCGUCUCCUGGGGCAUCGAGUGUGCGGACAAGGAUAUUCCAGCUGCCUAUACGAAUGUGCCGCAUCUCAGGAGCUGGAUCGACGAACAAGCCCUAAAAAUCGACGUGAGGCUAGAAGAACCGGUAUAAAUCUUUUCACACCAA